GAUUGGUCAUUCGCUUAUUUUCCUAUGUAGUGUCUCUUCGAAUAACAUAGUUGAUAUUGGUCCAGAAGGUUAAUUGAGUUCUGUACCAAGAGAGGUCAGCAGUGUACAGAAAAUUCGACUACCAAACAAAAAAUAUCAUCAUUAUCAUAAUAAUCACCAUCUUAGUCUCUAUCAAAAUAAUUUAAUUCAAUUCAACUGUUUCAACAAAAAUGAGAAGGAAAUUAAUGUUUCUUAAUUGUGAUUCAGUUGCUACUCAAACAAUUUGGAUAUCUAAAUCAUCACCGGUGACAUGUCUUCAAUUACUAUCAUUUUUACUGAUACUUAAUUGUAGUUACAAUUUGUCUGUAAAUUCACAAAGUUUAGAAAUUGAUUAUUCAGGUCACACAGAAGUGGAAGGUAUCGCUGGUCGAUCAGUCUCUUUACCAUGUAACAUAACGAUAACCAACGGGAAUAUUAAAGAAGUGGCCAUUAUUUUAUGGUACAAAGGAGAGACUGGAAUUCCUGUUUAUACAGUUGACACUCGGAAUAAAAGUUCAUUAAGUGGUUCAAUUCAUAUUCCAUCGAGUUCUUAUAAGAGUCGAUCUUAUUUUGAAAUGUCCAAAAGUCCACCGACUCUACGAUUAGAUAAAGUUAGUGAAAAAGACUCGGGUGAAUAUCGAUGUAGAGUCGAUUAUGAAAAAUAUCCAACACAAAACUUCCACAUCAACCUAACAGUUAUCGUUCCACCUAAAUCAGUGAUUAUUGUUGAUUCCAAUGGAACCCGAAUGGAAGGUGUAAUUGGCCCAUUCCUAAGAGGAACCACCCUGAGACUUACAUGUAAAGCUAUUGGGGGUGAUCCCUCGCCUAGUAUACGCUGGUGGAAGGGUGGGAACAUGGUUGAUGAUUCCUAUCAGAUUUCACAGAAUCGAACAGUUUCUAAUGAAUUUAUCGUGGAAAAUAUCGAUCGUGAUAACUUAUUAACCGUAUUAACGUGCCUAGUUUCUAAUACUGACCUUAUACCGCCCAAAGAAGUUUCAGUUUCAAUUGAUAUGAUUCUUGAACCUCUUGGUGUUGAACUUUUGCUACAAAAUACUUUUCUACCUGCAAACAAUGUAAGUGACCUCAUCUGCUUAUCCUAUGGUUCUCGUCCACCCGUUCAAGUGAAAUGGUUCAAAGAUGAUGAGCCUUUGAAUGUAACUACAAGUUUAAUCCUCUCCAAUGACGGUAACUCAACAACCUCAAAGUUUCAAUAUAAACCGACCAUAGAAGACAAUGGAAAGGUCAUUUCUUGUUCAGUGGUCAACACAAAAUUAUCAAUCUCACCAUUAAAAGAUGAAACAAUUCUCAAUAUUCACUAUACACCUCAAGUAUCAAUCGUCUUAGGUACUAGCCUUCAAUUGGACACAAUUCGUGAAAACACCGAUGUCUAUUUUGAAUGUAAUGUUCGCGCCAAUCCUUGGGUCACUGAGGUCACUUGGCUUUUUGAAGAUGUUCCUCUUUACACCAAUCCCUCGGCUGGAAUAAUUGUCUCCAAUCAAUCACUUGUCCUUCAACAAGUUAAACGAAGUCAACGUGGACAUUACCAAUGUUCAGCAAGGAACAGUCAAGGAACCGGAUACAGUGAAAAAUCAUAUCUCAAACUAAACUUCUCACCAAUCUGCAAAAGUAAUCAAAGAUUAACCUAUGGUGUUUCUCGUAAUGAAUCGGUCAGAAUUUUGUGUGAAGUUGAAGCUGAUCCAAAAGAUGUUAAAUUCAAAUGGACAUUCAACAAUUCCCAUGAAAGUCACGUUAUUGCCAAUGUAACUUCAAAUGGUACUAAAAGUGUUGCCUUGUACGAGCCCAAGUCACGUUUUGAUUAUGGUUCAGUUAUUUGUUCAGCUGAAAACUCAGCCGGAGCCCAAAGAGACCCUUGUAUAUUCAAUAUAAUUGCUGCAGGUCCACCUUCGCCAGUUCGAACCUGUUUAACGAGUAAUUACACUUCUUCCGGUUUCCUGGUCAAAUGUGAUCCCGGUGAUUCUGGUGGCCUUAAACAAACAUUUACAGUUAAUGUUUACGAUACUGGACAUAACCUAGUUUUCAAUUCAAGUUCAAUUGAUUCACCUAUUUUUUGGAUAAACAAUUUACAUUCAUCGACACCCUAUAAGGUCAACGUUUAUUCAACCAAUUUCAAAGGUCGUAGUAAAAGUGUCAACCUAACGGGGUCAACCUUACAAAGUCCACAGAAACAAACGGGAAAAGAAACUAAAUCAAGUACAAUUAAGGAGCAAAUUGUUGGAAUUUUAAUCACAAUUGCUGGUGGAUUGAUUGUUGUCACCAUUUUAAUUGGUUUAAUAAUUAAACAGAGGAAAACAGCCUAUGGUCCCUGUAGAAGUCAAGUUUCCUCAGAUUAUCCAAAGCAAAGUCCUCGAGUUGUUGAAAGUGACAAUGUUUACCCACCGGGAACUAAUAAUUUGGAGAAAAGUUUAUUUGAAAUUGAUCCUGUUAAAAGUUCAAUGGCCAAUUUUGAUUGUAUCUCAUCGGUCAAAAAUGAACUGUCCAAGUAUAAUAUCCUCCCAGAUGCAACGAUAAUCACUGGUCACAACAAUUUAAUAUCCAAAGGUGACCAUCAAGAUAAUUAUAUCUGGUCAAGUGAUUCAGCACAUCAUCACCAUCAUCAUCAGCAUCAUCAUCACGUUCACCUAUCACAAACUGGAGGCACUGGACAAAACAUUUAUCAGACCAACUGUCAUCACUCACCAAGUACUCAGGUUACCUCAUUUACCUAUGACACAGCAAAGCGGCUAAAAAUUCAGCCAACUUGUAUUCAAUCAUCAGCUAAUCCAAGGGUCACCCUUAACUCACCCAUACAGCCAAUCCUAUGGACCGAUGGACUCACCAUUCCUGGAAAUAAUAACAAUACAAAUGAUAAUCUAGGUGAAAAAUUUUCCAUUGAAAAGUUAUCUUGAAAAUUUCCUCUUGAUUAUCAGUCUAUUUAUUUAUUGUACAUUUUAUAAUAACUUAUUAUUAUUUAUCUGUGAUCAUCUCAAAGUUUUAUCAUAAUAUUUACAUGUUGUAUGAUAAUAAAUAUUUUACAUUAAUCAAACUCAAGGAUUAGAUUAACUCCUUUAAUCCUUGAACAUGAAUCAAAUCCCACACGAAAAA